CUUCGUGCUGCAUUAACCACGUUUUAUAUGGUUUUAAUCAUCUUGACAAUUCCAAUAUCAUUUCAAAUUGGUGGAGUUUUUUGUGGUUUAGCAUUCACAGUGACAUUAUUCAAUAUAUAUUGGGUAUUAACAACCCUAAGUGUUUUGUUCAAAAGAAAUAUCAUACUACAGGUUCUUUAUUAUUUUCAACAUUUAUUAAUACCAAGUUUAUUGACAUUAUUUUUAUCAGUUUUCAAUAAUAACAAUAUUGAUUUAUUGAAAAAUGACAAUUUGAUAUAUUAUAAGUUUGUUUUAAAACCAUGGAGGUUUUUCAUCAUAAAUUCCACACCACUAUUUACAUUAUUGGAAGGUUUAUGUACAAUAUUGGCAAUUCAAUCAAUUGGACAAACUUUUGAAUGGUUGAAAUAUAAUAAAAGUGAAAGUUGGGUUAUCAUGAGCUUAUUAAGUUCAGGUGGUAUUAUUACAACUUCAUUAUAUUUCCUUUACAGAAUAUAUUCAUUUCCAAUUGAAAUUUCUAUAUUAUCAGCUUCAUUAAUUGGUGCAAUUUUAACUUUUUGUUCAGGUUUAGGAUUAUAUGGGAUCAUUUCUAAAAAAGGAUCCACAAUUGAAUCAAGUUUAUUAUUUGGUUAUAUUGUUAGAUGUAUUUAUGAAACAUUCCCAGAGUUGUCAAAUUUAGCAUCAAAUGAAAUUGGAUUUUUAAUAUCAAGUGCAGCAAAUCAAUUGAAAAAUGAAAUCAAACAUUUACCAUUAAUUGUUAAUAAUGAUUCAUUAACUCAUUUAUUUUCAUUCUUAACAUUGAAUGUUCCAAAUUCUUUCCAAACUAUUAUUGAAUUUUUAAUUGCAACAUCAAAGACAAUUACACCAUCAAUUUUGAUAAACUUGGCAUAUAGAAUUGCAGUUUUCUAUUCAGCUACAAGAAUAAUACCAGCGUUAAAGAAUCCAGUUCCAUCAACCAAGAGUAUGAGAUUGAUUUAUCUAUUCAGUCCAUGUAUUAUAAUUGCAGUUUAUACACAUUUGAUGAUGCAGUAUUCUAAUGAAUUGGAUGAAGAAUUAUGCAUAUGGGGAUGGUGGAUAGACCAAGCUAAAAACAGUGGAGGAGAUCAAGUUCAAAUCAUAGUACAUCCAUGGCAAUUUUGGAACUGGAUCAAUAUGUUUAGUACGUUAUGUGUUUAUGCUUUUGAGAUAUUUGGAGAACAAAGUGAAGAGGAUCAUUGGAAGGUGGAAUAA